UUCCGCUUCCCUACUUCCGUACACAAACGCUUAGCAUCUGAUGACGUGUUGCAUUCCUCGUCCGCUUGCCUUGUGCUAGCAUUUCGCCAUUAACCCAUUUUAGAAUAAUACAAUUUAAAAAAAAAAAAAGGCGAAGAGACGACAUACGGAUACUUAGACGCUGCCGGAAAUGGAGUCGCUUUACCACCAGACUAACAAGCACAUCCAGGAGGUGCAGUCGCUGAUGGGCAACCUGGAGAGGACCGAACGCCAGUCCGUACACUUGUUAGAGAACGAACUCCAGGCCCGAAUCGACCAGAUUUUCAACCAUUUAGAGCGCCUGGAGAUCCUGGCCAGCAAGGAGCCGCCCAACCGCCGCCAGAACGCUAAACUGCGCGUGGACCAGCUCAAGUACGACGUGCAGCACCUGCGCACAGCCCUGCAGAACUUCCAGCACAGACGCUAUACCCGAGAGGCCCAGGAGAGGGAGCGAGAGGAACUCAUGAGCAGAACCUUCACCACCAACGAUGCAGACACAUCCAUCCCCAUCGACGACACGCUGCAGCUCAACUCCAACUUGCACAACGCCCACCAAGGCAUGGACGACCUGCUGGGCAGCGGCAGCAACAUCCUCAACGGUCUGAGGGACCAGAGAUCUACGCUGAAGGGAACCCACAAGAAGAUGCUGGACUUGGCCAACAUGCUGGGACUGUCCAACACGGUGAUGAGACUCAUCGAGAGACGAGCCACUCAGGACAAGUUGAUCAUGGUGGGAGGCAUGCUGCUCACCUGUGUCGUCAUGUUCCUGGUGGUGCGAUACCUGGCCUGAUAUCACACUUCCAACUUUUAUCCCGGUCUACUUUUCUCAUCUGGACGCACCUUCAUGACAGUAUUUGACCACAUGUGAAGCUUACAUUGUUUUUGGACUUUUUAGCCAGAGAAACGGUUUACUUGUAACACUGUGGCCGUAAAAAUGGUUUGAAUUUUAAAUGUUUUGUUGACAUCAGCAGUGGAUAAAUAUAUCAAUUGUAAUUGUACCCUGUCCGGAUUUACAGUUGGCUCUAGUCUCACUAUGUGAGUGAUUUAAUUCUCUUCAAUAAAACGUUUCUUAUUG